AUGCUUCAACCCGCUAAAAGAAAAAAGUUUAAAAAAGGAGUUGAAGAAUACAUGAAAGUAGCCAAUGCCCGAGACAAAAGAGAUUUAAGUAAAUUUCCAGGGUUUAAUUUUGAACCAAUUGAAGGAACCAAAAACCAGCACAGCAUCAGAAUUGGCGGACA